CCUGGACGCAGUUAACGAAUCGUUUGCUUCAUAAAUAAAAUAAAGUAAUAAAAUUUUUAAGCGGAUAACCAAGACUUGCUCAAUAAACAUUGGGAGUCACUAUAUUUAAAUUAGAGUAUAGUUCAAAGGCAAAUGAUGCCAACCGAGUAUCCUGCACGCUGUGUCCUGACCGCCCAUUAUUCAAACGUGGAUUGUUCAUCAGGAAUUAGCUUUACUCUGCGCCGUGCAUGCUAUAAUAGUUGACAAGCCUAAUUCGCAAUUUAUGUGAAUUCAGAGCUUGUGGAAGGAUGGCAUCUUUUCAAGGAGACUUAAUUUCUCCGUGUGCAUAUCCAUUAUGAAAAUGGGAGUGAACUGACUGGAUCUUGUUAAAAUGUGCAAGGUGGUGCCAGAAAGUGGUUCGUGACCGCAUAUCCUGUCAGUAGAUUAUUAAAGAAUUCAAAAUAUUUUGUUGACCAUGGUCAAUUUCGACGUUGGAGUUAUUUUACCUGCUGCAGGCACUGGUGAUAGACUGGGAGGUCCAACUCCUAAACAGUACUGUAAAAUCAUGGGACGGCCUUUAUUCCUGUAUGCUUUACAAGAAUUUCUUGCUGUGCCAUGGGUGAAAAAAAUUGCUUUAGUUGUUGACAAUCCAGAUCAUGCAUGUAGAUUUCUUGAAGAAACCUGUUUUGACAAAGAUAAACUUAUCGUUGUUCAAGGCGAACAUACUCGCCAUCGCUCUAUUCGUGCAGGUGUGCAAGAAAUUUUGAAGAAUGACCUCAACUUGCAAGUUCUUGUUGUGCAUGAUGCUGUUCGUCCUUUUGUGCCAAUGGGAUUUCUUGAAGAGUUAGUUCUUUCUGCAAAUGAACAUGGAGCUGCAGGUGCUAUACGCCCUUUAGUAUCUACUGUUGUUAAACAGGAUGAGAAUGGAUUUCUUCAAAAAUGUCUAGAUCGUUCAGAAUAUGUAGCCAGCGAGACUCCUCAAGCAUUUCAGUCGAAUGUUCUCUCAAAAGCAUUCAGUCAUUGCAGCGAGGAAGAGUUAGAAAAAGGCACAGAGUGCCUUCAGCUGGCAUUGGCUUAUGCAGGUGUCUCUGCUCGUCUUAUUACCGGUCCCAGUGACUUGUGGAAAGUGACCUACAAGAAGGAUUUAUAUGCUGCCACAUGUUGCAUCAGAGGGCGGCUCUGCGGUCGGCUCAGCUUCGUUUACAAGUGACUACCUGGAUCUUUCCUGAGGAAAAAGGCGAUCGGAAGUUAUGCUAACCACGCAACCUCCCCCUUGGGCCACAUUGGCCAGGGUGCAAUUGCACAGAGAUAUCUUUACCUUAUACUUGAAUGUAUUAUAAAUACGAAAAACCUUGAAACAACACUUGUAGUAGAUGAAAUUAAAAAAGUGUUGUGAAAAUAAAGACUUCAAAAGGAAUUUUUCAUUUGAAAGGAAGUGUUUUUUC